AUUAAUGGUCAUAAAAUUACUUUAUCCAUAUCUCUCCCUUUCCUAUUUUCACCAACCUUGCAAACGCUUCAUGGGCGAUCAGCUCUCCCCACACACUCAAGUCGAAAGUUGAUUUCUACACCCUGAGCCUCCACAACAAGAAGGCUGUUGUCUCUUCCCAGUGGCCUCUGAAGCUCGAGAGUCGAGAUGGCCUGCGCGUCAAGAAAGCUGCUUUCCAUGGCCGCCCUGUGGAUUCUCGUUCUCUUCGGAACCCUAGCUAUUAUUCAUAACCGAUUAGGCAAUUCUGGGUCCCCAUCAGACGAAAAGGUUAUGGAUAACGAGCUAGAUGUGGAAAAGAAGUCAGAUGAUGAUUUAGGAGUUACGCAUAAAGUAUACUUUGAUGUUGAGAUUGGUGGAAGACCCGCUGGUCGGAUUGUCAUGGGGCUCUUUGGGAAAACAGUUCCUAAAACUGUAGAAAAUUUCCGAGCGCUUAGCACGGGAGAGAAAGGAACUGGAAAAAGUGGGAAGCCUCUCCAUUACAAGGGGAGUAUGUUCCAUAGAAUUAUUCCUGGCUUCAUGAUCCAGGGAGGUGAUUUUACUCGUGGUGAUGGAAGGGGUGGGGAGUCCAUCUACGGGGAGAAGUUUGCUGAUGAGAACUUUGAACUGAAGCACACAGGUCCAGGGAUUCUCUCCAUGGCAAAUGCUGGGUCAGACACCAAUGGAUCACAAUUCUUCAUUACGACUGUGUCAACUAGCUGGUUGGAUGGACACCACGUUGUGUUUGGUAAGGUGCUUUCUGGAAUGGAUGUUGUCUACAAAAUUGAAGCCGAAGGGAGACAGAGCGGAAUGCCCAAAAGCAGAGUUGUCAUUUCAGAGAGUGGUGAGCUGCCUCGUUGAUUUCAUUGAUGGGUGCUGCGUUGUGUUUUAGCAAGUUGCUUUCUGGAAUCUAUUACAAAUUUGAAGCUGGUGUUUGCAAACGUGAGGUUAUCAUUACUAGUUUAAGUCAAAAUAGGAGAACUGACGUGUUUGUCAAAGCACUUCCAAGAAGAGUUUAGGGCUUACAUGCCAUAACAAUGUGAUUUGUUAGCUGUCUCAGAUUUGCUUGUUUGGUAGAAAGGCAAUUGGGAAGCGGCUGUGUCUUGUAAAAAUUGCAUGUUUUAUUUUAUGUUUUUGCAAUGGAAACAAAGGGCUUAGAUUUGGGUGAUGCA